AUGGCUACCAUCAAGACUCCAGCCAUUGCCUGCAUAGGUGUCAUUGGCAGACAAAACAACCCUCUCCACAUUUCCAUAUUCCCCGCAGAAGGCGAGAAAGAAGAGCGCAGCAGACUCGAUUUUUCCUUCAUGCUCUCAACCUGCCUCGACAUCUUCGAAGCUCGUCUACCUGAGAAAAACGUCGGCCAAGACUUUGGCCUCCUCCAAGCAAUUGAUGAACGACUGGCCAUGUAUGGCUGGCUCACCAACACUGGUGUGAAACUGGUCAUUAUCGUUGACAUGGAAGCUCGUCAGUCUCCGGCCAAUGAUACCAGAACUCCUCCCGUUCUGGGCCUCAAGAACUCCGAUCUCACACCUGCUUUCCAAGCAUUGCAAAGGGCAUAUAUCAAUCUGCUGAGAAACCCUUUCUAUUCGCCUGAAGACCACUCUCCUAAUGCCAAUGCUCAUCAAUCGGCUGCAUCGACUCAAAUCACCAGCCGCAACUUCAUCAAUGAGGUCAACCGCAUAGGACAAGUCUGGGCUCCUGCCAUUGCUUCUCGCUGA